AUGGGCAAUUUAAAGUCUCACCUUCGUCAACUUGAUAAGAUUUUGCCUCCUGAAGAAGAUAAUAACAAUCAAUUAGCCAAAACACUUUUAGGCGUUUUAACAAAUAAUGCUGCUUCAAUAAUUAAAUCCAUGGAUCAAAUUGCUGUUGAGCAUAUAG